AACAAGCCAGACAUUCGAAGAGUAGUUAGCAAGAGUAAAGAAGGAUUUUGCACAGAGAAGUGGUUAGUUAGUAAAGAAGAAAAAGAAAGCAAAAAGGUUCUUGAUAUGAUGCAAAGCUCACUUGAAGAAAUUAGGAAAAACAAUAUUGAUAUAGGGAUAACUAGUAGGAAGAAAAUAGGUAGAGACUCGUAUAGUUUAGAACAUGCAAGCCUAGCAAAUAUAGUUUAUAUAGAUAAGUUGGAGAGAGACUAUAUUAAAAAACAAGAGUUUAGCAAAUAUUGUGAAGGGUUAUUAUUAAAUCAACUAGAAAGAAAUAUAGAAACAGAUCAAAAAAUAUUAACAUUCUAUACAGAUGGCUUAUUAUUAAAAGAAAUGAGAAAUGGAAGAGCAGUAUGCAAACAGGGUUUAGGUUGGUUGCAAAUUGACAAAAAUGAAAAAAAACAAGUUACAGAAGAGUUGCUUAGUAUAGAACAUUGGCCGUCAUUGACAAGAGCUAAAUUAGCAGUAAUAUGGAUAGUUCUACUAGCAAUCAAAAAAGGUGAAGGUCUGAGAAUGAAUAGAGAAUGGCUAAAGUAA